CCCAGUACCACACCUAUGGCGCCUGUACCAUGCCCAGUACCGCACCUACCAUGGCGCCUGUACCAUGCCCAGUACCGCACCUACUAUGGCAACUGUACCAUUCCCAGUGCCGGACCUACUAUGGCGCCUGUACCAUGCCCAGUACCGCACCUACUAUGGCAAUUGUACCACGCCCAGUACUGCACCUACUAUGGCAACUGUACCACGCCCAGUACCACACCUACUAUGGCAAUUGUACCACGCCCAGUACCGCACCUACUAUGGCAACUGUACCACGACCAAUACCGCACGUACUAUGGCAACUGUACCAUGCCCAGUACCGCACCUACUAUGGCAACUGUACCACGCCCAGUACCGCACCUACUAUAGCAACUGUACCACGCCCAGUACCGCACCUACUAUGGCAACUGUACCACGCCCAGUCCCGCAUCUACUAUGGCAACUGUACCACGCCCAGUACCGCACCUACUAUGGCAACUGUACCACGCCCAGUCCCGCACCUACUAUGGCAACUGUACCACGCCCAGUCCCGCACCUACUAUGGCAACUGUACCACGCUCAGUACCGCACCUACUAUGGCAACUGUACCACGCCCAGUACCGCACCUACUAUGGCAACUGUACCACGCCCAAUACCGCACCUACUAUGGCAACUGUACCAAGCCCAGUACCGCACCUACUAUGAACACUGCACCACGCCCAGUACCGCACCUAUUAUGGCAACUGUACCAAGCCCAGUACCGCACCUACUAUGGCAACUGUACCAUGCCCAGUACCGCACCUACUAUAGACACUGCACCACGCCCAGUACCGCACCUAUUAUGGCAACUGUACCAAGCCCAGUACCGCACCUACUAUGGCAACUGUACCAUGCCCAGUACCGCACCUUUUAUGGCAAUUGUAACAUGUCCAGUACCGCACCUACUAUGCAACUGUACCCAGUCUAGUACCGUACCUACUAUGGCAACUGUACCACGCCCAGUAACGCACCUACAAUGGCAACUGUACCACGUCCAGUACCGUACCUACUCUGGCAACUGUACCACGCUUAGUACCACAUCUACUAUGGCAACUGUACCACGCCCAUUGCCGCACCUUUUAUGGCAACUGUACCACGCCCAGUGCCGCACCUACUAUGGCAACUGUACCACGCACAGUCCCGCAUCUACUAUGGCAACUGUACCACGCCCAGUACAGCACCUACUAUGGCAACUGUACCAAGCCCAGUCCCGCACCUACUAUGGCAACUGUACCACGCCCAGUCCCGCACCUACUAUGGCAACUGUACCACGCCCAGUACCACAUCUACUAUGGCAACUGUACCAUGCCCAGUACCGCACCUUUUAUGGCAACUGUACCACGCCCCGUACCACACCUAUGGCAACUGUACCAUGCCCAGUACCGCACCUUUUAUGACAAUUGUAACAUGUCCAGUACCGCACCUACUAUGCAACUGUACCCAGUCUAGUACCGUACCUACUAUGGCAACUGUACCCAGACUAGGACCGUACCAACUACAGCAACUGUACCCAGUCUUGUACCGUACCUACUAUGGCAACUGUACCCAGACUAGUACCGUACCUACUAUGGCAACUGUACCCAGACUAGUACCGUGCCUACUACGGCAACUGUACCCAGACUAGUACCAUACCUACUAUGCAACUGUACCUAGUCUAGUACCGUACCUACUAUGGCAACUGUACCUACUCUAGUACCGUACCUACAAUGGCAACUGUACCCAGACUAGUACCAUACCUACUAUGCAACUGUACCCAGUCUAGUACCGUACCUACUAUGGCAACUGUACCCAGUCUAGUACCGUACCUACUAUGGCAACUGUACCCAGUCUAGUACCGUACCUACUAUGGCAACUGUACCUACUCUAGUACCGUACCUACUAUGGCAACUGUACCCAGUCUAGUACCGUACCUACUAUGGCAACUGUACCCAGCUAAGUAUGUUGACAGUCAUGGCACCGUAAUGCACAAGGUACACUGUGGCACCCGCCACAGUGUACCUUGUGCAGCAGCUGUACCAUCCCAUACAGUAACCCUUAACUUUACUUGGUCACAAACUUAUAAAGCAGUUAAGUCCUUAAUUAGAUUUUUCUCGUUUUUUUUGUUUGUAUAUUGUCUCGUUAUUGUUGGGUGAAUGUAUAUGUGUAACGGCUGUAUAUAUGAACUACCAAGUGUUGGUAACUACCAGGUGUAGGUAACUACCAGGUGUUGGUAACUACCAGGUGUUGGUAACUACCAGGUGUUGGUAACGACCAGGUGUUGGUAACUACCAGGUGUUGGUAACUACCAGGUGUUGGUAACGACCAGGUGUUGGUAACUACCAGGAGAUGGUAACGACCAGGUGUUGGUAACGACCAGGUGUUGGUAACUACCAGGUGUUGGUAACGACCAGGUGUUGGUAACGACCAGGUGUUGGUAACGACCAGGUGUUGGUAACUACCAGGUGUUGGUAACUACCAGGUGUUGGUAACGACCAGGUUUUGGUAACUACCAGGUGUUGGUAACUACCAGGUGUUGGUAACUACCAGGUGUUGGUAACUACGGGUUGUCUUGUAAUUACCUAUC